AGAGCUCGUGCGUCUGCCUAACGUUGUGCCGUUGAGCUCAGACGGAUUUGCUCCGUUCUACUCUACUUUCCCAGAAGGAAAGAUGUCCGAGCACAGCCGCAAGAGACCCAAGAGUGCGCAAGGCCAGAAAGCGGGGGCGCAAAACGCCGAUCCCGCAGCGGCCGAGCCCGUGUCGACCAAGCCCGGAGCGUCGGCUUCGCACCCACAGGCUGGUUCCCUCCCGGGUGCGGAGCGCAGCCCCUUUCGCACUAUGAAAAGUCCUGUCUUAAAAGGUCCUGGCUCCAAAGGUCCUGGCUCCAAAGGUCCUGGCUCCAAAGGUCCUGGCUCCAAAGGUCCUAGCGCCAAAGGUCUUGGCGUCGAUGUUCCUGGCGUCAAUGUUCCUGGCAGCAAGAGCCCCAUGUUUUCCGUCACAAGCCACGGCGCCACUAGCGACAAAGCCGCCUGGAGUACCGUUGCGGCCUGCGGUACUCUCGCAAUCUUGAGUCCAUCAUUGAUGAGCCCGGGGUCCGCGGAAAGUCCAAAAGCACUUAUCCAAGAGCCAGCUGUCGACAUCCCCGAGAUCAUGCGUUUUCCGCCGCUGCUGGUGCUGUCACCCGAGGAGCAGGCCCGGCGGGACGAGCGCUGGCGUCGCCGCACCCGGCUCAACCUGGUCUUCUUCGUCCUCGCGUCGGUGGGAGGCCUGGCGGUGCUGGCGGCGCUGUGGAUGUGGCUGCCGCAGCUUGUGCUCGUGAUCUGGCCGCCUACCAGCAACGCGCCCAUGGGCAACUUCAGCCGCUGGGCAGUCGUCACCAUCAAGGAGUGCGCCGGCGUGCCAAGGCGAGUGUUCGCGCAAAGUGGAACCAUAGGCGACGCGGCGGUGGCCCUGACGUUGUGCACCUGCGUCGCCCUGCCCAUCCACUGCGGCCUCGGAGGUGGCGUCAUGGCGCUCUACUACAACAACGGUGCGAGCACCGGCGUGGAAGGCGACUCCUCUCCCGUUUCCCUCUCGCGCAACCGCCACAGAAGGAGAGGGCGGCGAGAGAAGAGGGCAGUUCCCGAGACAGCAGAUGCCCUUCGCAUCGGCGCCUUUGUAUCGGCGAUGAAAGGCCGGCCACCACCGACCGCCAACCACCAUGAAAACUGGCAAUCCUCGAGGCUGGUCAGAUUAACGCUCACGCUGGCCUCUGUGUUAGUGCACCGUCAGUGCAUCUGA